AUGGUCGCCAGUGUUCCUCCGGGAGGCGUGUGGUGCCCGGCCGUCACCUUCUUUGACCCAGAUACAGACGAGCUAGACCUGGAAGCACAGGCCAAAUAUUAUGCCUAUCUUUCCAAGACUGGGCUGGCCGGCCUGGUCAUCCUCGGCACAAAUGCUGAGGCCUUCCUCUUAACUCGUGAAGAGCGUAAAACGCUUAUUGCUACUGCCCGCAAGGCAAUUGGCCCCGAUUUCCCGAUCAUGGCUGGCACUGGAGCACAUUCGACCAAGCAGGUGCUUGAACACAUCGACGAUGCAGCACAGGCGGGUGCCGACUGCGUCCUGGUACUACCUCCCGGCUAUUUUGGGAAGGCCACAACACAAGUAGUCAUUGAGAAAUUCUACGCCGACAUAUCCAAGGGCAGCAAAUUGCCUGUUAUCAUUUAUAACUUCCCGGGAGUUUGCAAUGGCGUUGACCUUUCGUCAGAACUCAUCACCAAGCUUGCCAAGAAACACAACAACAUCGUCGGGGUCAAACUCACUUGUGGAUCCGUGGCCAAGACCACCCGGCUCGCGGCUGCCCUCCCUAAAUUCGCAACUUUUGGUGGUCAGUCCGACUUCAUCAUAGGCGGACUGAGCUCCGGCUCCGUCGGUUGCAUCGCGGCCUUCGCGAACGUCUUUCCCAAGACGAUCGCUAGGAUCUACGACCUCUACCGUGAGGGCAAAUACGACGAGGCAUUGAGAAUCCACCAGACGGCUGCGCUGGCGGAGCAACAGAUCAAGGAGGGAAUUGGCGCGACCAAGUAUGCUGCCGCCAUCCGCAGUGCUGCUUACGCCGGCAUCAAGGAUGCGGAGAGAAAAUUGCGACCUAGGACACCGUAUGUCCCACCAGGGGAGUCGACCAAGGAUGCGGUUCGCAAAGGCACGGAGGCGUGUGCGCGGAUCGAAGAAAGCUUACCUCUCCGUGAUUCGAGACGCAUUGGGAGUCGAAUGUAA